CCACUCAAUACCACUGGACUAUCACUACAACGCAUCAAACACUUGAACGGAAGCCAUCAUUGUCUUGAAUUCGCCAUUUAAUACAACACAUCCACACUUUGAUCCAUUUGGUUAAAACAAAUUGAUUUCAUUUAUAUAUUAUAUAUAAAUGAGUGGACAGAAAAAGAUUUUGAUUUAACCUGAAUUUUGAUUGAUUAAGUCAAACAUCUAUAGCAUGAUUUAGAGGAAUGGCACGAACACCACCCGUUAAGAUGUCAUAUCCUUGUAGUGAAUGCUCUUUUGAAGCCCAGAGCGCCCGACAAUUAUCCCGACAUAAAGCCGUUACUCACGUGGAGAACGCCUUAAAGUGUGUUCUCUGUCCUUUCGUUACGGCUUAUCAGACAAAUCUUUUAAGACAUCGUCGAGAAGUGCAUGGAAUCUGUGGAUCAAAAGGCAAUAAAAGUUGCAAAUUUUGUGGCUUUCUUUCUGAAGAUAACGAAACAUUAAUUCGUCAUCAGUUGGAAGUGCACAGAGAUAUACUAAAGUCAGCACAAGUAAAGUUUGCUAAAGAACUGGUUUCAGCCGGUGGUGAAGACAAUUCUGGUGUUACCGGAUAUGCCUCCAAAUAUGAACAGAACUACGAUUUGAAUGAAAGCAGACAGAGAGCCAAUAGAAGUCAUGUGGAAGAGGUAUACAAUCCAAAUGACACUCAAGAAGAUGAUGAGGAAGACGACGAUAAAAACUUUUGGAAAGAAAGCUUUAUGGACGACACACCAAAUUUUUAUAUGAAUUUAGCUCUUCAGACUAAUGCAAGAGAUCAAUCAGAGACUAACAGUUGGUACGUCUCAUCCGGGCAACAAUCGCCCGCUUCACACGAGAAUUCAAUUGCCGACAGCCAAAUAUCUUCGACUGGAAACACACCAAAGUCAUCAAAAAGCAGAAAGAUGCCGAUUCCGGCCAGUGCUCAAAGUAAUGAUGACCUGCCGGCUACUCGUAUUAGACGUCAGUAUACCUGCAAUGACUGUGGUUUUCGGACAAUAAAUCCGCGUGAAUUUCUUUACCACCGCCGCGAUGAACACGGACAGAGACUAAAGAUUGUUGAGUGUCCUUAUUGUGUAUACGCGUGUCAAUACGUACAGAAAUUACAAAGACAUCUACUUUUGGUUCACAAAUUAGAGACAUCAAUGACUCCUCCGCCUGAGUUGUCAACAACUUCUAGCAAAUCAAAUAAAUCAAAACCAGUUUCACAACAAAAUAAAGCGCAAUCUGUCAAUCAAUCCGAAAGUCCAGAAGUCUUGAAUACCGACUCAGAGAGUCCUCCACAACAGCAAAAUAUUGUGCCUAAGAUCAGAGUUAAAUUGCCCACUUUGACUACACCAGCAAUGGUGACCACUUCCCAAGUUAAGCAACCUGUUCCGGGACAAGGACUGCCAAAAAUGAAAUAUAUGUCACAAAAAUCUAAUGAACAGAAACGUAAAUUAGCUUUUCAGAGACAAUUAACAAAUCAAAAGCGUAUGAAUGAUAAAUCGGGAAUGUUUACCAAAAAGUAUCACAAAUGCCAAACAUGUGGUUAUAUGACUAAUGUUCAGUACCUCUUCAAGAAGCACAUGAAAUAUCAUUCGGCGCCUAAAAUCAAGUGUGAAAUGUGUGACUUUGAGAGUCCCUAUUCCUGGAAUGUGGACAGACAUGUAAAGAGUCAUUACUCUAAUGGACUCUUCAAGUGCACGAAAUGCAGUUUUGCAUGCGAUAAGAAACAGGCCUUAACCGUUCACAUGACUCAGCAUCACAGGGAUAAAGCAAAUGAACAACAAAUACAACAAGCAUUAGAUGCAAACCAAACGGAUCCUAAUAUUCAAAAUAAUGAGGUUAUGAAUGACAGUGUUAGUGGAGAUAUAGAUAGAGAUGGCGAAUCAUUGGCUCAUUUAUUUACUCAAAGUCUUGAAGAGGGUCCACAUUCUUCGUCAGACAUGACAAAUCGUCCAUCGAAUUCAUUUAAUCAGCAAAUGUUGAAAACAGGAUCUCUUAAGAAAUGUAAAUAUUGUAAUUUUCAAGCGGAUUCAUUCGCUAAACUACAAAAACAUGAGAUCACACAACAUCCGGAAAAGAAAUUUCAGUGUCCUUUCUGUGAAAUCAAAUUUGAGAACUUGGUUUGGCUUCAAAGACAUCUCAAUCAAAUGCAUCGCGAGAACAAUCAAGCAAACAGUAUUGUCAAUGUGUUGGAACAGUUGAAUCCGAAACGCAAACGAAAUAAUAAGUCUAAUAUGCCCUCCACUUCAACACCAGUUUCACAGAAUUCUAGUAAUCCAAUGAUUGACAACUUCUUAGGCAAACAACAGGGAAUGAAAAGAAAACAUUCUUCAUUAGACAAGUCUUCUACUCAAUGCCAAGUCUGCGGAUAUCAAACUCGUUGGAUAUCAGAGCUUGAGAAACAUAUGAGAGUUCAUACAAAAGAGAGACCCUUUUCAUGUCCUUACUGUUCAUUCAAAAGCAAGUGGAAGGGAGACCUGAACCGACAUAUCCAGAAAUAUCACAGUCAGCUACCUUUACCUGAUUUAAAUGCAAUGGACCGACAAAGUCAACCAAACGAAUCGGACAGUACUAUGUCUAUUGACUUUCAACAACAAAUGACUAUCGACUAUGAAAAUGAUGCCUCAAUUCUUUCCGGAGAACAGGACUAUGAAGAUUAUAAUGAAGAUUUAGAAGACAUCAAAAUGGAUGAACAGCCACUUCCAGAUGAUUACGAAGAACGGCCACUUGUUUUUGAUGAUUUAUCUGAUGGCGAUGAAGAUGAAACCGAAAACAAAAAUGAUAUGAAUGACAUGUCGACGGCUGAAUUGGUUAGUGUUGAUAUGGUUGAAGAUGACAACGAAAAUGAAUUACAGAUUGACUUUGAAGAAGGCGAUGGCACCAACACUGCUGAUAAUAUGAACGGCAAUGAAACGGGCGAAGUAACCAAAUCGGGAAAAGUUAAAAUGUAUCGGUGCUCAUACUGUGACUUCACAUGUAGUACUGCCAGUCGAUUUCACGUGCAUUUUGUACAGCAUCUCAAUACUAAACCAUUUCAAUGUUCAGUUUGUGGUCAUCGGUCUAAUUGGGAAUGGGAUGUAACGAAACACAUUAAAAUGAAAUCUCAAAGAGACACCAAACAUGAAAGUGCAAAAGCAAUGCUUGUCCACGAAUCGGGAAAACGAGACUAUUCUAAGUAUAAUAAAUAUGUGGUUUGGGUCAACCAGAAGGAGGUUAUGGCCAACAGCAACAACAAUACUAAAAUUGAUUUCAGAGCUAAAAGAGCGCGUUUGGAGCAAAAUGAAGGAAUUGAAUUCGAUGAAAAUGAAUUCAAUCAAACAAAUGAAGUGGAUUUCGAUGACAACGAUAGCACUUAUAAUUGUGGUGAUCCCGAAAGUAUUGUCAUUACACCAGACAUUUGUUUUGAAGUUCAGGGCGAAGAGGAUGCGGCCAACACUAACGUUGAAUACAAUCAGGGCUUUAAUCCGGCCUUUCAGCCCAAUGUUCCUUACAAUUCAAACACUAAUACCUCAGUCUCUGAUGAUUCAAAACUUCUUCAAUGUUCUUAUUGUGAUUUUAAACAUAAAGAGAGUAAAGUAAUGGUUAGUCAUUUGAGUAAUCACGCGGGUAUGAAACCAUAUCGAUGCCGACGGUGUGGAUUUGAUUCAAACUGGAGAGAAGUGGUGGUUAGACAUUGUGUUUCCAAACAUCAGAGCACUUCUGAAGAUGUCGAACAAAGAUUCCGAUGUACUGUUAAUAAGACAAUGUGUAAAAUAAUUGAUGACAAUAUUGCACCUAAAGUGGUGAGUACAUCAUCAGCACAUCUUCCCAGUGCUGUUCAGGCCUUUCAAGAAUCUCAUCAAAGUGUACGCAUCAGUGGAUUCAAAGGAAGCUUUGUUUGUGAUUUGUGUCCAUUUAGAGCCGAGAAAGCUUUUCAUAUGGAUUUCCACGUCAAACGUCAUCAGCCAUCGAGUGGUCCUUUCAAAUGUCCGCACUGUCCUUAUUGGGUAAACGCAAAGAAGUCAUUAGUAAAACACAUGCUUUUACACUCUGAAGACAAUAUGAAUUCAGUCGAUCGAAAUAGUGUUAACAAUACAAAUGAUGGCAUGGAAUUCAUGAGUACUGAUAAUAGUCAAGUAGGCGAUGAAAGUGAACACGAAUUGACUAUCAAUGAAGGCCGAGAUAUGGUUAACCAGUAUUAUCAACAAAAUAUGAAUUUCCCAGUUAGUAGACAAUCGGCGAGUGUUAGCAAAAAUCGAUGCGACAAAUGUCCGUUUAUUGCGGGCACCAAAACACAACUUUUAUAUCACAAACAGUUCCAUCGGCCGAACAGAAAUGCCACUUAUUCUUGUAGUUUAUGCACUUAUUCAGUCAGUUAUCUGCAUCUAUUGAACCAACAUAUGAAAGUCCAUUACCAGAAUCCUGCGAAUAUGCAAUCGCCUAUCAAUUAUUACGAAUUACCUCAAGAAGAUGAACAAGAAAUGGAAGACUCGGAUGAUAGGGACGAAUCUGACAUUCCGUUUACUUGGGUUCAGAUCGGAAACAAUAAACGGAAACUAUUUCAGUGUCGCUUCUGUUCUACCACUUCUAAGAGAAGAACCUAUAUCUAUGUUCACGAAAAACUUCACUCAAACAACACUAAUGAGGCCUUCAGAUGUUCACAGUGUGUGUUCGAAACUCGCGAUUCAAAUGACUUUUUGUCACAUCUUAGUGAUCAUAAAAUUGACUCCAAUAAUGAAAAUAUAAAAAAAUCAAAUGAGACCAACUUUACGACGCCAUCCGUCUCUGUCAUUGAUGUCGAUAACAUAAGACAAGGAAGCAGAAGAAUGUUUUCGUAUGUUUGUCGCGACUGUCCGGCCGCCUUUAAAAGUCCCGGAGAUUUGAAAAUUCAUUCGGCAUUUCACGGUAAUGAACACCCCCACCACUGCCCGUAUUGUAAUUAUAAAGCAAAGAAUAAGCCACAACUUUGUAAACAUUUGUACGUUCACACCGCUGAAUACAUAACCAAAAGAGCCAACUGUUAUCCCGACGGAACUAAACUAUUGAUUGGAGACGCCGUCGAUCAGAUGAAACGCGAUCUCAAGUGUCCUAAUGAUAACUCGCAGGCAUUCCAAUCGCCAAACGGCACCAAUUCGUUGCUCAAGAAGACCGACUCUCAAUCAUCUCUUAAGGCCGACGAUUCUACAACUCCUAUAAUACCGAAGGAUAUUGAUUCCGACAGAUUCCCGAAACGAGCGGCACUUUUCCAGAGCAACGGACAAAACCCAACACAACAAAUGAUUUUAUUGGAAAUGAAUGAAUCGAAAGCUUAUUUUGAGAAAUUGAGAACUGGAAAUAAACAACGAUUUAGUUACCGGUGCUCUCACUGUCCGGCAAUAUUCAAUAAUGUCAAUACAUUGACAUUUCACGUGUCACUGCAUGGAAGUGAUGCGCCAAACAAAUGCAAACAUUGCAGUUAUAGCACAAUCUCUGCUCAAAGUCUUUUGGUUCACAAACAGUUACAUAAUUCUCAUUCAUUUAAUUCAGUUUCAAAUCCGCAAUCCCUUUAUAACCAUCGCUGCGAUCGAUGUCCGGCCACUUUCUCAAAGAAGACACGUUUGGAGAAGCAUUUGACACUUCAUGGACUCGACGCCAAAUGGAAGUGCGAUCAAUGCGAUUAUGCCGUACAUUACGCGGCAACACUUGUUAAACAUAGAGCUUGUCAUCAAUUAAGUCCUGAUUUCAAGACACUUGAUAGUGAAGAUAAUCAGUUAGAAGUAACUGAAUUGGAACAGUUGGCCAAAAAUAAAGAAACUAAUAAUACAGAAACGACAUCUGCAACAGUCAAUGAUAACAUGGAUAAUAAAGACAAACAAAAUGAUGAACAAAAAGAUGGCGAAAAACUGGACGAUAAAAUUAUGUAUUGUUGUGAUCGGUGUCCAUAUGUUAAUAGUCGUAAAGACGCCGUUCAAAGUCACCUCAAACGACACGAUCAGCAAAUACGUAACGUUCGCGACGGCAAACAAUGUCCUUAUUGUGAUUACACGUGUCUUCAGUCGUCAUAUCUUAGAGAUCACAUUCAAUGGCAUUUUGAACCAAUUCAUGACCGGAAACCCAUACUAUUUACUUACUUCAAUGAUAUGGAAAUCUGGAAAUUGGAAACUCUUGAAACCGAACACUUGGAACUAAAUGAAGAUAUAAAUGAAAUAAAUGGAAAGUCAAAUGAGAACGAAGAUGAAGCCAAACAAUUGUUCUUUAAAGAUCUUGGGAUCAAUUAUGAAAUUCAACAACGAUUUGAGCCAUUAGAAGAUGACCACGACUUGUAUGAACUCUACGAAGGAGUCGAAAGUGUCUGUUCCGACAGUGAAGAUGAAGAAGACAUACCACCUGUUAAUGAGUCGAUUAGUGCGCUAUAAAACAAUUCAUUUGAUUUUUUUAAAUUUAAUAAAUUAGUUAUAUAUUUAUAAAAUUGUAAUUAAGAUAAUUAUAGUUA